AUUUUAUUUUGGUUUGUUUAGAGAAACGGAAAAGUUUGUUAAAUCAUUGAAAAUAAACAUGCUGUUUGAAGGUAAAUACACCUAAGCAGUUGGUUUACUUUGUCUCAAUCAUAGAAUAGAAAUAACAACAAUCUUCCAAAAAUAAAGGGAAAAAAUCUUUAUUCCUUGAAAUUUUACUUUUAUCUACCUCAUUUUCCUCAUUAGCAUUCCUCCCAAACCGGAAUCUAUAAAAACUGUUUCAAAACCACUGCAUAGAAAGGCCCGUACCAGCAAAAUUUCCUUGUUAGCGUGGUUCUCACGCGCCUACGCCCCUGGAUUUGGGAAUCUAGGUUUCUAUCCAGGUUUAUUCUGUAGAUUACUAUUAAUUAGAUCGAAAUUAGGUAUAACCCUUUUUCAACAGAGCAUACAAAAUGGUGAGAGUGGUAAGGAACUGCAUCCAAUCAAUAUUGAAGCUGGUUAAUUCAAUUAUAGGAAUGGUUGGUAUGGCUACGAUUCUGUAUGUAAUUUGGUUGAUUAGAGUUUGGGAAAGAGAAGUUGGGGAUUUGCCUUUUGAAGGCUCUGAUUAUCCAGCUCCAUGGUUUAUCUACACUUUCCUCGGCCUUGGUGUUACUUUGUGUGUGAUCGCAUGUUCUGGGCAUGUUGCUGCUGAAACUGCAAAUGGCUGUUGCCUUUACUUUUAUAUGGCAUUCAUAUUUUUGCUUCUUAUGCUGGAGGCUGCGUUGACCACUGAUGUAUUUCUGAACCGUGACUGGGAAGAGGACUUUCCUGUGGAUCCAAGUGGGAGUUUUAAUAAGUUCAAAGACUUCAUCAGGUCAAACUUCGAAUUUUGCAAGUGGAUAGGCUUGUCUGUUGUGUCUGUACAGGGACUAUGUAUACUGUUGGCAAUGCUAGUUAAAGCUGUCGGGCCGCAUCAAUAUUAUGAGAGUGACGAUUAUACAGAUCCUGAGAGAGUUCCACUACUGAAGAAUGCUGUUCACCCAACUUAUGUGGUUGGCAGCCCUGUUUAUGGAUCCAAAAGUAAUGCCUGAAACAUGGAGAAUUAAGUAAAUGGUAUGAAUUCUGUGCUUGAACCUGGGAUUAUGGGCUGGUUACUUAGUGUGGAGGUACUGAUGUAAAGAAUGAGGUAUCAAGUUUUCGGAAAUCAAACUAAUGUUGGGUUUGGCACGGGUGCUUUGCAUCUAAAUCUCCUCAAUGAAUUAUAUUUGUUUUCGGGGAAAAAAAAAAGUAAAAAGUAAAACGUCAAAUACAAAAUUUAGGGCUCCA